UCGUGCAUUUGUAUUUCUAGUGCAGCGCAUAUUGAACCCAGACGUGGACAGUGGCCAAAAUGUAGCAAUGUUGAUUAUAGACUUUCUCAAAGAAGCGAAUACAUCAGAAACUAUGAAAACAACACUUGGACAUUCAUGUACUAAAGAACAACGUAUGGGCCAACCUGUUGAAGAAGAAACAUUAAAAUGCGAAAUUUGUUUUAAGCUGUUUACUGAUAGAAGUUCCUUGGAUAAACACAAAAGAUUGCAUACUGUAGAAAAAAAAUACAAGUGUAAAAUUUGUUUUAAGCAAUUUAGUGUAGCACAGCGUUUACAAUAUCAUAUAAAAAAGCGCGCAUGUGAAAAACCUUUAAUCAAGUGCGAUAUUUGUUUUAAGCAAUUUACUGCAGCAAGUUCUUUGAAAACACAUUUGAAGAUGCACGCUGGUGAAAAACCUCACAAGUGUGAAAUUUGUUUCAAGGCAUUUAUUACAAAAGGUGAGUUGAAGAUACAUUUGAGAAUACAUACAGGAGAAAAACCUUACAAGUGCGACAUUUGUUUUAAGCAGUUUAGAGUGAAAAGUCACUUGAAAAGUCAUUUGCGAACACACACUGAGAAAAAACCUCACAAGUGUGAAAUUUGUUUGAAGAGAUAUACUGUAAUAGGUGAUUUGAAUAGGCAUUUGAAAACACAUAUAGGGGAAAAACCUCACAAGUGCGAAAGUUGUUUUAAGCAAUUUCAUGAAGCAAGCCAUUUGAAAAACCAUUUGAGAGUGCACACUGGGGAAAUACCUUACAAGUGCGAGAUUUGUUUUAAGCAAUUUGGUGUAGCACAUAAUUUGAAAAUUCAUUUAAGAACGCACACUGGUGAAAAUUAUAAGUGCGAAAUUUGUUUUAAGGAAUUUUCUCAGAAAGGUCAUUUGAAAGAACAUUUGAAAAUACACACUGGAGAAAAACCUCACAAGUGUGAAACUUGUUUGAAGAGAUUUAUUAAAAUAGGUGAUUUGAAAACGCAUUUGAGAACACAUACAGGAGAAAAACCUUACAAGUGCGAAAUUUGUUUUAAGCAAUUUAGUCAAGCAAGCCAAUUGAAAGAACAUUUGAGAGUGCACACUGGGGAAAAACCUUACAAGUGCGAGAUUUGUUUUAAGCGGUUUACUAGUGGUGGUUCUUUAAAAGCACAUUUGAAAUUGCACACUGGACAAAAACCUCACAAGUGCGAAAUUUGUUUAAAACAGUUUUCUGAGAAACGUUAUUUGAACAAACAUUUGAAAUUGCACACUGGUGAAAAACCUUACAAGUGCGAGAUUUGUUUUAAGCAAUUUAGUCAAGCAGGUUCUUUGAAAAGACAUUUGAAAUUUCACUCUGGAGAAAAACCUCACAAGUGUGAAAUUUGUUUUAAGCAGUUUUCUCUGGCAGGUUCUUUGAAAACACAUUUGACAGUGCACACUGGAGAAAAACCCUACAAGUGCGAAACUUGUUUUAAGCAGUUUUCUAAGAAAUCACGUUUGAAUACACAUUUGAAAUUACACACUGGCGAAAAAACUUACAAAUGCGAAAUUUGUUUUAAGCAGUUUGCUAUAACAUACUAUUUAAAGAGGCACAUGAAAGUUCAUCAUCAUCAUCAGUAGCUCGAUUCAUUUUUAGACCUAUUUGUUCGACCUAUUUCCAAACAAAUAGGUCUAAACUUUUGGGACACCCUAUAUAAUAUAAUCACCAUCAUGUCGGAUAAUGUAAUACACGAUAUUUGUACACGCAUUCUGUUCUGUUCCUUGCUUUGUUCUUCCAAUUAUUAAUCUCGAGAGUUUUCAGAUCUUGUUCCAUGUAUCUAAGUUUGGGUCUUCCCUUUGAUCUUCUCCCUACUGGUGUCUGCCUCAUUAUAUGCUGUGCUGUUUCAGUCUCCAACAUCCGUUCAACAUGGCCCAUCCAGCGCAGAGGUCCCAUCUUUCUGGAUGUUAUGACGUCGGGUUCGUUGUAGGCUGCGUAUAGUUCAAAAUUAUAUCGUCUGCGCCAUACGCCAUUUUCUUUUAUCCCCUUAUAUAUGUGUCGAAGGUUUUUGCGUUAAAACGUACGUAAUAAGAUCUCAUCGCUUUUCGACAGUGUCCAUGUCUCUGAUCCAUAUAUAAGGACCGGUUUUAUCAGGGUUUUGUAUAUUUUGCAUUUGGUUUUUCUCGUGAUGUUGUUAGAUCUUAGAUGUUUAAUUAGCCCAUUAUAUGUUUUAUUAGCAAUGUGUAUUCUUCUCUUAACUUCUUCGCUGAAGUUGUUAUCUGCGUAACUAGUGAACCUAGAUAUGUAAAAUUUUUCACACUUUCGAUGUGAUACUCUCCUAUUGUCAGAUUCUGUAUGUUUCUUUGGCCUGUCGAUCUGCUGGAUCUCUUCUCUGGAUGUCCGUAAGAAGCGUAAAGAUCUUACAGUAUUGUUUAAUAUUAUCAAUGGCAUAUAUUACUGCCCUGAACUCCUUGCUAAAAUAUUGUUGUUUGUUCCACCACGAUCAAGACAAAUUCAAACCUUUCAUAUUUCUUUUCAUAGAUAUAAUUACUCAUAUUUUACUUUUGUUCCUAGAACACUAAGACUUGCUAACUCCCUGGGUGACCUUUUACUUUUUGGUAACUCUGUUGAUGUUUUUAAGAACCAUUUAACCAAAUUAAAUAUUUAGCAAUGUCAUAACCUUGUUAUUUGUUAGUAAAUAAUGUUUUGUAAUUAUUUUACUUUGUCAUGUCUUUUUAAAUGUUUUGUACUCUCUCAGUUUAUUCUUAUAUAUUCAACACUGUAAUUAUCAAUAUCUUAUUAAUGUAUUACCGAAUUGGGCUUGCCCGUAUAAAUAAAUAAAUAAUUAAAUAAUUCAUGUAUUUGGUUUUUAUUUCAUUAAUAUGCAGGCCACUGUUUUUUUGCCGCUCUUUCUAUCGCAUUAAAAGCUCAUCUGCAAAUGCCAAUAUUUGUACACUUUUUUGUUAUUAUUGUUCCUCUGGUGUUGACUUUUGACUCUAAUUAUUUUCUCUAAUGUGAUGUGGAAUAUAAUACAGGAUAGAGCAUCUCCCUGUCGUAGUCCCGUUCUAACAUAGACUGUAUCUGUUAGUGCGUUUUGAAUUCGAAUUUUAUUUUGUACUUUAAGUGUUUAUUUUACUAUGUCAAUGAGUUGAGUUGGAAUAUUAAACUCUUUUAGGGCGUGGAUCAGAAAUUCUCGAUAGAUACUAUCAUAGGCACUCUCAAAAUCAAUGAAGAGGUGAUGUGUGUAUAUUAAAUUCACUAGUCUUUUCCAAGAUUUGUCUCAAGAGGAAGAUCUGAUCUAUUGUGGACUUCUGCCUGCAGAAACCACAUUGAUAUCCCCCAACUAUUUGUUCCGCAUAUGGUCUGAAACGCUCAUACACAAUAUUUGACAGUAUUUUAUAUGCCAGUCAGUAGCGUUAUUGCCCGGUAGUUGUUACAUAGAAGCUGAUCUCAUUUUUUAUAUAGUGGAAUAAUUACUCCGGUAUUCCAGUCUUGUGGCAGUUGUUUAUUAUUCCAUAUGAUCACUAUUAGUUCGUGUAUCGCAUUCAAUACGGAGUCUCCUCCUUACUUUAUUAAUUCUGAGCUAAUGUCUAAUCUAGGUGAUUUGUUGUUUUUCAGUCUGGUAACUGCUUCUUGCAUUUCCGUUACUGAAGGGGGGUUGUUUCUCUGGUAUCCGUUUGAUCCAGUAUAAUUCCAUCGUAUAGAUCUACGUUUUUUUCAAACUUUUCUUUUAAAAAUUCUGUUCAUCUUUGUAGUACAUAUUUCACUCUGUUGAGUUACUGUAUCUCUUUCUUUGUCUCUGCACAUCAUUUACGGCGUUUAAAAUAUCACAUAACAACGCACGCUGGUGAAAAACCUUACAAGUGCGAAAUUUGUUUUAAGAAAUUUUCUCUGAAAGGUCAUUUGAAAGGACAUUUGUAAAUACACACUGGAGAAAAACCUCACAAGUGUGGAAUUUGUUUGAAGAGAUUUAUUGCAAUAGGCGAUUUGAAGAAACAUUUGAGAACACAUACAGGAGAAAAACCUUAGUGCAAAAGUUGUUUUAAGCAAUUUAGUGAAGCAAGUUGAAAAUUCAUUUAAGAGUGCGCACUGGGGAAAAACCUUACAAGUGCAAGAUUUGUUUUAAGCCGUUUACUGCAGCUGGUUCUUUAAAAGCACAUUUGAAAUUGCACACUGGAGAAAAACCCCACAAGUGCGAAAUUUGUUUUAAGCAAUUCGGUGAAGCGGUAAAUUUGGAAACUCAUUUAAGAACGCACACUGGUGAAAAACCUUACAAGUGCGAGAUUUGUUUUAAGCAAUAUAGUCAAGCAGGUUAUUUCAAAACACAUUUGAAAUUUCACUCUGGAGAAAAACCUCACAAGUGUGAAAUUUGUUUUAAGCAGUUUUCUCUGGCAGGUUCUUUGAAAACACAUUUGAGAGUGCACACUGGAGAAAACCCGACAAGUGCGAAACUUGUUUUAAGCAGUUUCUCAGAAAUCCGGUUUGAAUUCACAUUUGAAAUUGCACACUGGAGAAAAUACUUACAAAUGCGAAAUUUGUUCUAAGCAGUUUGCUAUAAAAGAUUAUUUAAACAGGCACAUGAAAGUUCACACUCAAGAGAAAAAGCUCAAGAGCAACCAUAAAUCUGUGGCUUGAUGCUAAAAGGGCCAAUGUCAAUUUCUUGAGGUUUUAUUUUGUCAACAUUGAACUCGAAAAAAAGCCGUACAAAACAGCAUAUUAAAUUCAAAAGAAAGUUGUACAAAAAAGCAAAAAUUUGACAUUGGCCCUUUUAGAACCAAGCCACAGAAAUAAUCUUGAAAUUUAAUUUUAUGCCUUUCAAUUCAACACGUCUGUUUAUGCCCUCUUAUGGUUUAUUUUCAUUUUAAUGCCUUUUCUGAUGACGUAACAACGUGGUAUUCUUAUACCGAUAUAUUUACUAGAGAUAUAAAAUUUUCGGAAAAAUUGGGUGCAGGAAAAAACAGGAAAAAUUCGGAAAAAUUGAGAUUUGUUAUAAUAUCAAUAUACUAAACAUAUUCUGCAUCCCGUAUUAAAAUCGAUAAAUUUAGUAGAAUCGCAUAGAUCUAUAAUCAGAAGUGCCUUUUGUCUUUACAACAAAUUGCCCAACAAGUUAACCAGACUAGGUCUCUUAUUAAAAGCUUGCUGAAAUAUGUUGAAGAACGCUACGAAUUUUGUUCUAAGCCGAUUCACUUUGCAACCAAUUUUCUUGAUGCUCGUUUUAAAGGAGAAUAAUGGUUGAAUGAAGACCAACUAAUGGAAGCUAUAGACGUCAUUUCUGAAAUGUCUCGUUCCCUUAAACUAGAUGUAGGGAAGGUGGUGGCAAAUCUAACCCGACUUAGAACAAAAAUUCGAUUUUUUAGUCGAAAUUCUUUAUGGGAUAGUGCGAAUAAUGCUCAUCCCAUUAUAUGGUGGCAAGGUUUGUUUACAUCGCAGGUACUUAUGCUAAUUAUCUCCCGAAUUUUAAAUGGACCUCCAUCUUCCGCCUCUUCAGAAACUAGUCUUUACACAGCCUCAUGCAUACAGGUAAAAGAAAUACAAUCGCAGGAUAAAAUUCAGAAGUUAUUCAUUUAAAUUUGGUUAUAAACGAAAAACAUGUAUAAAAAUCAUGUUGUUUUAUCCGUCCAGGAUGAUGAAGCGGGGAUCGAGUCUGAAACAGAUGCUUGGUCUGAAGAUUCAGACUCAGAUGAAAACCACUGAGCGCUUUGGUUAAAUAUUGUGCUUUCUAUCUUUGAAGUUUCGGUUUUGAUACUUUCAAUAAUAUUAUAUAUAUACAUGUUUGUACUUAUGUCGUAGAUAUUAAUAGAUAUUAUUAAAGUAUGUUCCUGCAUUUAUUUUUACAAAAUAUAUAUGUAUUUAACAGACUUUAAAAUUGGUAUUUUUUCACGUUUCAAGUCUCAAUUUAAAAAUAUUUAAAUUUUCCCAUUUUCUCAAAUUUUUGCAAUGGUUUGGAAAAAACGGAAAAAAUACUUGUUUUUUUCCCAAUUUUUCCCGUUUUUUCCGAUGUGUUAAAUCUCUAAUCGUGUCAAUACAAACAUAAGGUGUCGAUUUGAAAUAUAUGUAUAAUAUACAGCCCAUUACACCACCUUAAAAAUUGAGCAUUUUUGAUGUCUCGAAUUUCCCAAACCAGUUGUCCCAUCUAAGUGAUUUUUUUUAUAAUAUUAUAGCCUAGGCUAUAGGUUACCUCCUUAAGCUUGUCAUGCACGGGGAGCUAUAUACUGUAAUAUAUAUUAUAUCACAUCGCUCUCUAUAGUAAUGAGUGAGCCUGCACACACGGAACCAUUAGUUC